CACGACGAAUCCAUUGCAAUCGGAACAAGCCGGUUUUCCUUCCAGUACAGCUCUCCCGCCUUCUCACAGAAACCUAAUGCAAGGGACGGCUAUCAUGAAGACGAGUAGCGUGGUUUUGUCUGUCGAUCAAGGUAUCUAGGUAGCCUGCCUGCAUGAAGACCGGUGUUCAACAACCGUACGUCACACACUAUCGGGGACUUCUCACCCUCUUGUUUGCCGGUGGCGCUUGUCCCCCAGAUAAUGUGAUGACUACCGUUGUCGUUCUGAGAUUAUACGGUUGAACUUGAUCUGGAUAAUUCCAGCGAAAGGACUCAUGCGCGCUUUCUUUUCUUUCUACCUCCCGCUUCUCCGGUUGUAUACUGACAGACUGUGUUAGGAUGUCUUCGCCGCAAUCAGUCCCCGCCCUAGGGCAACCCACUGAAAAGGAAAUUACAAGGAUUCGUUCGAGAGAAGAUCCCGCUUUCUUUGCAGGAGAUGGCGAAGAGAAAAAUGUCAGGUCUCCGGGUGGGCCAUUUGUCUCUUCGCGGAUGGCUGCAUAUCUUCGGCGGUUCGAAGCACAGCUCGUCGAGUACAACCUAGAGGCCCGUGGUAUAGAGCGGGUGGGGGAGCAUGAACGGAUGCCCAAGUUGACCUGGGUUUCCUAUUUGCAGGCUUUCUUGCUUUGGGUCUCGAUCAAUUUGGCGGCCAACAACAUCACACUGGGCAUGCUAGGACCUGCUACCUACGGACUUAGUUUCCUCGACUCGGCACUCUGCGGAGUAUUUGGAGCUCUAGUCGGUGCCGUAGUGUCCUCAUGGAUGGCAACAUGGGGUCCCCUAUCCGGUAUUCGAACCAUGGCAUUCGGUCGCUAUUCAAUGGGCUGGUGGCCGAGCAAGCUCAUCGUCAUAUUGAACCUGAUCCAAAUGCUGGGAUAUGGCUUGAUCGACUGUGUUGUUGGUGGGCAGCUCUUGUCCGCCGUUUCACCACAUGGGCACAUGUCAGUUGCUGUUGGUAUUGUGAUUAUCGCUAUUAUCAGUUGGGUCAUCGCCACAUUUGGUAUUCAGAUCUUCCAUUACUAUGAACGCUUUGCCUUCCUCCCUCAGCUUAUUGUCGUUUGCAUCCUAUUUGGUAUGUCGGGGACGAAGUAUGACCUGUCCACGCCAUCUACGGGUGACGCUCGCACAGUAGCUGGGAACCGCCUGUCCUUCUUCUCCCUUUGCCUCAGUGCCGCGAUUACAUAUGCACCGCUGGCAGCAGACUUCUUUGUCUACUAUCCUCAACAGACCUCGAAGACGUCGCUCUUCUUCCUCUCCUUGGGUGGCCUGAUGAUGUCUUUCACCAUGGCAUUCCUGUGCGGUAUCGGACUCGCAUCGGGCAUGACCUCGGACCCAGCGUAUAGUCAAGCAUACGCCAACGGCGCUGGUGCACUCAUCGUCGAAGGGUUCAGUCCGCUCAACGGAUUUGGAAAGUUCUGUUCCGUAGUCGUCGCUCUUGGUCUCAUCGCAAACACCAUCCCACCCACCUAUUCCGCUGGUGUCGAUUUCCAGAUCCUCGGACGGUACGCAGAAAAGGUGCCUAGAGCGAUCUGGAAUGCCAUUGGAGUGAUUAUUUACACCGUGUGCGCCUUGGUCGGCCGAAGCAACCUCUCCGACAUCUUCACCAACUUCCUUGCGCUCAUGGGCUACUGGGUCGCGAUCUGGAUAGCAAUUAUUCUGGAGGAUCGGUUCAUUUUCCGCGCCCGCAGCGGAUACAACUGGAACGCCUGGAAUGAUCCGUCCAAGUUACCCGUGGGAAUUGCCGCUUUCAUUGCCUUCUUGAUCGGUUGGGCUGGCUCCAUUUUGUGCAUGGCGCAGGUGUGGUACAUUGGACCUCUUGCACGGUUGGUGGGUGCAUAUGGCGCAGAUAUGGGCACCUAUGUCGGUUUUUCAUGGACAUGCCUGGUUUAUCCGCCACUUCGGUACGUCGAACUUCGUUACUUUGGACGGUAAGAGGGAUACCAGUUACAUGCAGCCUGUUGCAACCCCAUCGGAGUGAAAUGUAGUACUCUUAUUGAGUGCUUAAUUGAUCCACCGAAGAACAAGGAAACUCCCCUCUCCACAGAGAUUUGUAAAGUGUACAUUUAGCCCAGAUGACAUACUACAUCUUCCUCGUGUCACAUGCGAACAGAGAGCAAGAGCAAGAGCAAGAGCACUAGAAUAUAUAUCCGC